AUGCCCAAGCUGAAUUACUUGCAAGAUUUGGGUUUUUCGUAUGAGGAGGUGUUGAUUUUGGUGCUGAGGUCGCCGGGGUUGUUGACGUUUAGUAUUUCCAAUAAUUUUGGGCCGAAAGUGGAGUAUUUCUUGAAGGAAAUGAAUGGGGAUUUGGCAGAGCUAAAGAGGUUUCUGCAGUAUUUUUCGUUUAGUUUGGAGGGGAAGAUAAAGCCUCGGCACCAGCUCUUGGUAGAGAAUGGGUUGUCUCUUCCGCUGCCACAGAUGUUGAAGGUCAGUGAUGGGGAGUUAAAUGCGCGGUUGAUUGAGAUGCAAUUGCGAUUAGUUGAUGAGAGACAGUCAUAG